CGGGCGGCUCCAACGGCCGCGGGGAGGGCGGCGGGGCCGGGCCGUGAGGGAGGGACUAGAACUUUCCGCGGCCGCGGGCGGACUCUCGCCUCAGCCCGGAGCCGCCAGCGCCUGCGACCAGCGCCCCCAGGCAGCGGGGAGACCGCCGACAUGACCCACUUCAACAAGGGGCCCUCCUACGGGCUCUCCGCCGAGGUCAAGAACAAGAUUGCCCUGAAAUAUGACCCCCAGAUAGAAGAAGAUCUGCGUAACUGGAUAGAAGAGGUUACAGGGCUGAGCAUUGGAGCAAACUUUCAACUGGGAUUAAAAGAUGGCAUAAUCUUAUGCGAGCUUAUAAAUAAGCUGCAGCCAGGAUCAGUGAAGAAAAUUAAUCAAUCAAAACUAAAUUGGCACCAGCUGGAGAACAUUGGGAAUUUUAUCAAAGCCAUCCAAGUCUACGGCAUGAAGCCACAUGAUAUUUUUGAAGCAAAUGAUCUUUUUGAAAAUGGAAAUAUGACUCAAGUACAGACUACUCUAGUGGCGCUAGCAGGUCUGGCAAAAACUAAAGGUUUUCAUACUACAAUUGAUAUUGGUGUCAAAUAUGCAGAGAAACAAGCACGAAGUUUUGAUGCAGGAAAACUAAAAGCUGGUCAAAGUGUAAUUGGCCUGCAGAUGGGCACCAACAAGUGUGCCAGUCAGGCAGGCAUGACUGCUUAUGGAACUAGAAGACACCUCUAUGAUCCAAAAAUGCAAACUGAUAAGCCAUUUGACCAGACAACAAUUAGCCUACAGAUGGGCACUAACAAAGGAGCCAGUCAGGCUGGUAUGCUGGCACCAGGUACCAGGAGAGACAUCUACGAUCAGAAGCACAUAUUACAACCUGUGGAUAACUCAACUAUUUCAUUACAAAUGGGUACCAACAAAGUAGCUUCACAGAAGGGAAUGAGUGUGUAUGGGCUUGGACGACAAGUGUAUGACCCCAAAUACUGUGCUGCACCAACAGAACCUGUCAUUCAUAACGGCAGCCAAGGAACAGGAACUAAUGGGUCAGAAAUCAGCGAUAGCGAUUAUCAGGCAGAAUACCCAGAUGACUAUCACGGAGAGUACCAAGAUGACUAUCAAAGAGAUUACCAUGGUCAGUACAGUGACCAGGGCAUUGAUUAUUAGCUUUGCAUCAGAAGUUCAGUAUUAGGCCAUUAUUUUAUUCAGUAAGAACGAAACUAGCCUUGUGGAAUUGUUACCUGUCUUUCCUACACACUAUGCUUAAUGUACCUGAAGAAAUAUUGCCUUACAUACAUUCCUUUUUCCUUUCUCUGCCCUUUCCCUGUCUAGUUGCCUUUAGUGCUGUAACAGUUGUAGUCUACAGCAUAAACAAUAACUGCAUAUGAAGUAAAAGGAAUACUGUGAAAGGGGGAGUGCUCUUGUACAGCCAGGUCGUCUAAUAAGGAGCUAUGCAUUUUCACAAUCUCUACCUAAGUAGGUAUUUACAUACCACCUUAAGCCUUCAUUUUACAUAUUUACAGCUUUUCUGUUUUCCAGAUGAGAUAAAAGAAUUUCACGCUUAAAGUUAAAUGUGGUCUUUGCCAAUUAAAUCUAAGACAUCAUGUUAGUGAUUUAAAUAUCAUUACUAUGUUUCUAAGGUAUUGUUUGCUAAUGGUAAGUCCUGCAUUAGACAUAAGUGUGCAUUUGUGAUUGUGUAUUCAUUCCAUUAUCAACACUGACCAAACUUCAAAAUAGUUGUCUUACUAAAAAGGGAGCUUGUACAAAGUCUUGAGCCAACAGAAGUCCCAUGACUGAUGGUGCAUUUACCUUUUAUUGUGCCAUAAUAUAUCCAUGUAGAAAUGCUUUUUCUUCCUUGAACUGUAUUUAUUGCCACACUUCUCAAACUGAUCCCAGUGUAUUUUUAUAAAUAAAUAUUUUUUUCUUAAAGGUA